AUGGGCAUGUCAACAGAUACCAAAGUAUUAUUAUGGAAAAAGAAUGUGGAGGAAGUCCUUAAUGCUCAGAAUUUUAUCAAGGAAGUGGAAACUAUUCAAACCCAUCGAGAGGAAGAUGACAUGAUUUUGGAUGAAGUUACAUUUGACUUGAGUGAGAAAGCUGUGCAAGAGUAUCCAUCAUUUAGCAAACCAACACAUGAGUAUUGUGUCCAGCUGGCAAAAAAAUCAAUGCACCAAUUUAACCAUGGUUACAUUAACAAAACUGUUUUGGAAGGUGUGAUGCAUUUGCUGCAAAGUCAGAUACUUCCACUCUACAAGUAAGUAUAUUAAUUUAAAAAGUGCUGCCACUCCAAACAUCCUAUUUUCACCUAAAGCGAAUGCUAAAAAUCCCUACGUUCCCCCUAUGCCUCAAACAUAUCUUUCCCCCACACUCCAUACAAAUAUAACAUUUUCCGUAAAUUUUCCUUUUUUUUGCCAACAUUUUUCAUGGUUGAUCAUUCCAGCCGAAAACCUGGAUAGUGCAUCCUAAAUUGCAAUCCGAUGAUCCACAUGCUUCCGAAGUCAGAAUAUGACACAGUAAUUAUGAAAUAUGUCCAUUUGUUACAAAUCAAGUGCUUAUGUGUAUAAAUUCGCUUUUGAGUUAAGCAAGGUGCAUUUUUCUGUAUGAAACCUGGUAAAUAUAACUGAAAAUAUGCCGAAAAUAACCAUAACAAAAUCGAAAAAAUCAAAAUAUAAUAAAUCCCCUACGUUUCCCUGUUUUCCCUUUCCAAUAUCCCCUACUCCCUACAAAUUGCAAUAAUCUCCUAAUGUUGGGGGAUCUCCCUUACAGCAGCUAUGUUCAUAAAUAAUGUAAUUACUUUAAUUAGUACAGACCCUGGCUUAAUAGCAGCAUAGCGUUUGCUGAUCGUGCUAGUUAUAUAAGUAUAUAGAAUAUAAGAGCCGUCACCAUUAUAGUACCGUAUUGUAGCUACAGUUCUAUCAGCAGAUUAUGAAAGACAAAUUAUUCUGUAUACUUUCCCCCCAUAGAUUAGUUGGUGAUAAUAUUGACUAUCACAUUCAAGCUAGAUACCAGUCCAUUAACCGCACAAACCAGUCCAUUCAUUGGACCCAACAGUAUGCUGUGUUGAACUGAAUUGAUAUUUCUUCAUUCGACAACUCCAAACCACUAAUGAUGCUGAGAGACAUACAACUAUAAAAUGACCUUCCAAGCAAUGCUGUACUGAAAAGUUUCAAAUGGAACUGUUUAAUCUUGGUUAGCAAAUAUUCAUCAGCAAAUAUUAUUGUGAUAGUUCCAAGCGCUUCCAAGACUGUGUAGUGCGACAUAUCUCCCAUAAAUAUUCAAAAGAAAUGUCACAGAAAUCAGACAUUGUAAGUGAUCUCACUACUUAAAAAUAAAAUAAUGGAAGGGUUUUCUACAUAUAUAUAGCAAUAGGAACAGUGGUUAAACUCGAUAUUUCCCAGGAGCAUAUGAUACUGACAUGUCCGACCAGAAGUCCUGAUAUUGAAAUCGAAGAAUAUAUCAGUUCCCACAUAUCCGAAUUUGUCAAUUUGUUAGUGGAUCCCAUUUCAUGUUUCAUCCAGUAACUUGUUUUGUCUUUAUAUGCUACUAUUCUAUAUUCAUUAUUUCUUUCUCAUUAUGCAGGGCUUUUUUAACUACAGUAUAUAUAACUACUGGGGCAUCUACCCAUGAGUAGGUCCUUUGCUUGCCACAGUAGUGAAGCAAUAUUUUCAGAUGAGCUGUGCCCUUUUUAUCAUCAGUAAAAAAUCAUCCUUGUUGAAAAAUGCUGCAACUGCCUGCUUUCUCAUAUCUUCUCACAUUCUCGACAUUCCAUUUUAUAAAAUUCAGGACUGCAUGGUCUUUAUUAGCCUGCUGAACUUGCCAUGCAGACUAGGUCUUUAUGUACAGUUAGCUGUGUGGGGAAAAGGCCCUCAUAGAGACUUCAGACUUAGCCCCAGUAUUUGUAAUUUCUUAAGAAAUGCCCUGUAAUUAUGUAGUAUUAAACCAAAACAAUAACUGUUAAAAACGUUCUGAUAUUAUACAAAGUUGUAGAAGCUUGCUUUCCAGACACAUUUUCUGAUACAUGGCUUCAUCUUAUUGUUAUAUAGUCAAAGUGGCAUUUAUGUGUCAGUGAUCAAGUCUACGUUAAUUAUUUUUAUAGUGUUGUCUUGGACUUCAGUUUAAUAAUCCCAAUAUCGCAGGAGAAAUAGCCCAACCUAUCAUGACCAACCAACAAAAGUAUGCACCGUGUAAUAUGGUAAAUGAUGUACCAGAUAUUCUCAUGGAGGUACCAAUGCAUGGUGAUCAGUAAAUUUGAAGAGCGGUGUAGAAAUGCUCAAUGGACAUUUCAGGAUGGAACAAGUAAAUCUGAUCGACUACUGCUAAUCUGAUCGAUCUGACUGGCAUGCAAAAGUAAAUUUGUACAAUGUAUGUCUUUUUAGAAGAUAACUUUGAACUCUUUCACACCAAACCUCCAGGAGCCGGGCCUACAUUUACCAGUAAAAUAGGCUGGUGUCAAACAGUGCUUGUGUUUGAAGACACACAAUCACAGGAAAUAUGGGAAGGAACACAUUAUUGGGCCAGAAAAAAACUUGCCCAACUUUUUCCCAUUGUACUCGACUUGUCAAAAAAUAUUCCAUGCAAACUUUCCAAAAUUGUUGUUAACGGCGGGGGGGGGGCUAUUAUAAUUUUUAUAACUUUUAUAUUGAGGGGGGGGGGACUUUUCGACUAUUAUGUCGCAUAUUUCCCCCAAAAUCGAAGGAAUGUCCCCUAUUUAUUUUUUUAUGAUACUAUGAUAUUAUAUUUUUUUAUGAUCUAUGCCAAAAUUACCCGACUGUGAAGCAAAUAUUGCCCGACUGGCCUAGUAUUCCCAAAUUGGGGGCAGAUCCUGCCCCCCUCCCUUGUCCCGUACGCCUAGGCCAAAAGAUUUGUGGGUUUCCUAUUUUUUCUUGUAAAAACAUAGGUAGGGUAGGUCGGUUUUAACUUUUUUAAACUUUUUUUUAAUUUUCCUAACAACCGGACGCCAUUUUGUUUAGUCAAUGUUUCCACAUCCAAAAAUAUAUUUCCCUCAAAUUUCUAUUUUCCACAAACAUUUUCCUCUAAGUGGAAACACUUACAAGCAUGAUCCAAUAAAAAGUUUAGGGUCGGGAUUUCGGCGUCCAAAAGCUAGGUAGGGUCGGGAAACCGGAAACCCACAUAUAUUUUUUUGCCCUAUGCAAACAAUGUACUUUUACUACAUUAUAUUUCUUAAUCCAUGACACGUGUUAGCAAAAUACAAGCGUCUGUGAUUAUUAGUAUUAAAAACGUAGAAUAGAUUGCCACUAUUUGUACGCUUCCAAGUGGUCAUUGUAGUGGUCAGAGAGCAUGGCAUACUGCCUGCCAGGUAACACCCAUGAAUGUAAUUGUAAUUUUCUUGUUUCUAAUAGAUUGAGUUUGACAUAUUUGUCAGUGAAUCAUCUGCAGCACAGAUAGGAACAAGUAGAGCAACAAUGAGAUCAAGGUCAAGGUGUAGAGAAACAUUACAACGAGUACAAGGACUUUCACCAGGCAGAAAUCGAGGCUCAUAUAUGUGCAUCGCUCAUGGAGAUGAUAAGUUUAAAACAAAUAGAGGGUAUGUUACAUUUUUGAAUGUUUGAUGCUGUAACCUAUAAAAGUGAUAAAAAGGAAUAUAAUUUGAUUGCACACUGUAAUACAGAAUUUUAUGUAAACUGACAGAUAAACCAAACAUGACAAUUCCAACAUCAGAUGUUGGAAUGGAAAAUAGAGGAAGAUGGUCUUUGGAAUUGUGCCAAAAAUACAUUGACCAAUAUACUGGAGGAGAAGAAAUUAGUGGAUUGGUUAAAAAGUUGGUGAACUAAAUGCAAAAUCUCAUGGUCCUUUUCUCUGUCGUUUUGAAGGAUGUCAAUAUAAAAGUGCCUACCACUCUACAAGAGUCAAGUAAGAAUGUGCUCCAACACUCUGAAAUUAAAAAAUCACUAGCCAUGCAUCAUCCUUUGGUUGGUUUUUAACAAACUUAGUAUUUACCUUCUCAUCAGUGCGAAAAACGAACGAGGGGCGAUUAGUCUAUGAUCCAUACGCCAGUCUAUAAGUCACACAAUUUUAUAAUUAUGUUUACUCUGUUGUUAUUCUGUAUUUAGCCAGUUAUUGUACUGCUAUACCACACACAAGUAAUUUAGAUAAUCCCAAUAAUUUUUUUUUGCAGACAUGAAAUUGAUCAUCACAAUUUGAAAGUAGAGCUAAGUUGCACAGCUGAGCAAGAUUCAUUUGGCUACCAUUAUUGUAGAGCACGAUGCGGAUUGGUAUAUACUGUAGCACUAGAACAACACGAAAUAGGUAGUUACAUAUUUUAUUAAUCAACUUUUAAAUACAAAAUUUUGAACACUACAUAUGAGCGUGUAUGUACCACCAUAUUUUUGAUACUGGUUUUAUCAGGCAUGAAAUAUCAAAGCACCCAACAUUGUUGGCACAUGAUCAAGGCCAAGUGCCUGUGCAAGACAUGAAGGAGGACACAGAGGAUUAUAUCUUCAACUAUCACAGGGGCAAAUUAACAUUUGAAGAUGCUGUCAAGGAAGUUGAUGGUGAUAGACUAUAAAUGUUUAUAAAUAUUUGCCUUACUAUUUCACAAAUGUUAGGGUCGUCAUAAAUAUGCUUAUGUAAUAUUUUUGUAUCCGGUAAAGGUCCUACCAGCCACAUCAGAGAUGCAGGCUGCAUCACUUGAAUUUAAGAGAUUUAUAGCAGAUCAGGUUGAAAAGGAUGUAACAUUUCAUUAGGUCUGAAGAUAGAACAGUUGAAUAAGUUAUUAAAAACAAUGUUGAGAGGCUUAGAUGCCAACCUAAAUGAAGACAGUGCUGCCAAGGUGGCAAAUGCCAUUGAAAGUCUAGAAUGCAUUAUAGAAUCAAUAGACAAAGACUGUGUUCGUGAUGGCCGAAUAGGGUACCGUUUAAAAGGCAAAACGGAAGACACUGUAAAGAAAAUUGUGAACGAUCUCAUGGAGAAACGAACACUCAAUUACACUCCAAGAAGGAAUAGAUAUCCAUCAUUUCCUCAAUUUCCAGCACAUCUCCUACAGUCAUUAGAUUUCAGAGAUUUGCAUUCAUAG